AGCAGUAUGUCAUGUCCACGUUCAAAAGGAACCCGCUGGAGCAGGCCUUCCGAACACCCAACACUCACUUGACAUCCAACUACUUGAUAAACCAGUACUGGGUAACUGUCAGUCACAAGGCACCGGCCAUACUCUACGACCUGUACAUGAGGCUUACGGGGAGAAAGCCCAGAAUGAUGAAGAUUAUCAAUCGACUGCACAAGUCUAUGAUGCUUCUGCAGUAUUUCUCCACCCAGUCCUGGGAUUGGUCUUCAGAUAAUAUGAAUAUGUUAAUGAGUCACCUUAACACAGAGGACAAAAAGUUGUACAAUUUUGACGUUCGUCAGCUGCACUGGUCAGAAUACAUUGAAAGCUACUGCCUAGGUGCUAAGAAGUACUUGCUAAAUGAAGACAUGGCUGGCAUUCCAGCAGCAAAGCAGCACUUACGAAAGCUGAGGAAUAUCCGAUAUGCAUUCAACACCACCCUCCUUGUGAUCAUCUGGCGCAUUUUCAUUGCAAGGUCACAGAUGGCUCGAAACAUCUGGUACUUUGUGGUGAGCCUCUGCUACAAGUUUCUCUCCUACUUCAGGGCAUCCAGCACCCUCAGGCACUGAAGCUGUCCAUCAGCAACCAGCCUCUUCCAGAAGGACCUCCAUCUCCUCUAAUCAGCAACUAUGGGCAUCGGGGUCUGAAAGUAGCAGAAAAAUCCACUCCCUCCAA